GUUUCAAAGGAAAGGGAGAAGAAAAAGAAAGGAAUCUUCAAUCUUCAUCUUCUUCUUCCCACGGCGGAGAGAAGAAACCAAAACCAAUUUCUCAAUUUAUCAAAAUUUCACAAAUGGAGCUUCCUCCACCUCUACCGGAAAGAUCCAAACGCCUCCAUAACUUCACCUUACCUUAUCUCCGAUGGGGUCAACAAAGAUUCCUCCGCUGCGUCAAGCUUCCUCCUCACCACCACCACCACCACCGAUCUUCCCCAUCUCCUUCUGAUCAUCGUAGUAGAUCCAACAACGGUGGUAAAGAAGAGCUCACCCUCGAUCUCCUCUACGAUUCCGGCAACAACAACAAACCUAAGCGGCUCUCCUCCGUUGAGAGGAACAACACCAGCGGCACCGGCGAUGUUGUUGCUGUUUCUGUUGCAGCAACUCGGCCGUGGAAUUUGAGGACCAGGAGAGCUGCGUGUAACGAACCUGGAGACGAAUCAACGAGGAUCAUCGAGUCUUCUUCUUCUUCUCUUCUACUACGGAGACAUGAAAUUGUUGGUGGACUGAAGAGAGGUAGCAGCGAAGAUCAUGGUGAUGGAGAUUUGAACAACAAAGUCAAAUUCUCUGUUUCUUUGUUGAGAGAAGAAAUCGAACAAGACUUCUCUGCCUUAAUUGGUAAAAAACCUCCCAGGAGACCAAAGAAGAGACCAAGAUUGGUUCAGAAGCAAAUCAAUAAUCUUUUACCAGGAUUGUGGCUAGGAGAAGAAGUAACAGCAGACUCAUACGAUGUUCCUGAGGAUGUGGAAACAUGAGAUAGAUAAACAAAACCAAUUUGGGCUGGUCAGCUUCUUUUCUAUCCAAGAAAAAUGUAUCAACUUUGUUUUGUUUUUUCUACUCUUUGUCAUUUUCGAUUGUAAAAAGGAAGGAAGAAAAAAUAUGUAGCAAUGUGCUCAGGUUUUUUAGUGAUUGAAGAAGCCAUUUACUUUGGUUUCCUUUAAUAUUCUUCUCUUGUUGUAAAAGAGACAACUUGGAGGGGUUUUUUUUUUCCGUUACCAAAGCUAAUUGUAAUAUCUCCUUGGCAAUGGAAUCAUCUCCAGGCUGUUUCUGUUAUCAAUAAUGCAGCUUUUUUACAUCUUUGUUCCCAGACUUAGUUUUGUCUUGUUUGCCUUACUAUUAGCAUCCCCCAGAGAGUUACUUUACUUAGUAUCUUGCUAAGAUUAUGCGUAAAAUAUCUGAUCUUGUUGUUUGUGUCAAGAACUUGAUGAGAAACAGUGUAUGUGCUGUUAGACAACUUUGCAGGGGUCAGACCAAGCUUCCCCUUUACCACAACUUUUUACCAUUUCCAAGGGGUUUUAUGAACAGCUCUCUCUCUCUCUCUCUGGGAAAAGAAAAAAACAAGAUAAUGCAAGGAUGAUCAUAUAUGCUGAUAACGGAUCUUCAGAAAGCUUUUUCUUCUUCUUGAGUGUCCAAACCAGGUUGCAGUUGAAAGCCAUGAUCAACAUGAUAACAAAUCUCAUUGAAACACACUUCAAUGUGGCUAAUGUUAGCAGUCACCAGCCGGUGAGGCGAGUUGGAGGGUCCAUGGUCGAUGAGCAG